AUGACAGGCAACUAUUCUGACGCUCGCACCGAUGACUUCGGUGGCAGCGGUGGCCGUGGCGGCGGAGACCGUGGCGGUGGUGGUGGUGGCCGUGGCGGCGGUUACUUCGGUGGCCGUGGCAGUGGUGGUGGCCGUGGCGGCGGUUACUUCGGUGGCCGUGGCGGCGGUAACUUCGGUGGCCGUGGCGGUGGUGGUGGCCGUCGUAGCGGCGGCACCCGUGGCGGCGGCGCCCGUAACUUCGGUGUCGGUGGUGGCCGGCAUCCAGGCCAGGGUGAUAACCGCCCGCCUAAGCGCAGGUACGACGAGGACGAGGACGACGAAGAGCCUGGCAACGGCCAGUUCAAACGUGCCCGCCCCAACGCCGCAAAUAGCGGUUCCGGCCUUUUCGGCAAUGAGUUGCAACUGGCAGCUCAAGCAUCGCGGAAUCGCGAAAUCGCCCCGCAGGUGCUGCCGAGGCUCGCGCCGGGCGCCGUUGCGUUUACUAGUGACGGCCCUGUCGACGCCCGGAACCCGAACCGGGACUUUUCCACGUCGUUCGAGAUCGCCGACGGCGUCAGCGCGCACGCAGCGAGGGGGCAUCCCACGUCCGUCAUCCACGCGAUGGCGGAAGCCGCCCGCCCGAAUGCCCACAAUCCGUCGGUGUCGUCUUUCGGCAUCUUCGUACAGUCGAUCAUCCCCGAGGAGGAGAGCCGCCGGGGCACUCGCCGGCACCUAGCUCCCAAUCGCGGGCAGACCAGAGGCCGCGGAGGCCGCCGACCGGUCCCGGAACCCCGGCGUAUCGAGGGGAGGGAAGGUGACACCGUCAUGGCCGAUUCCGCCGGUGACAAUGGGGCCGAUGCUGCUGGCGAGGGUGGCAAUGCCGCCGGCGACAAGAAGGGUAACAAGCCUAAAGUCGUCCUGAGUGAAGCCGUGGCAAGGAGCAUGGCCGCGGCCGCCGCCAUGGACGUUGAUAAGGAGAAGGAUGCGGGAACGGGUAGCGCGAGCGGGGCUGCCAAUAUUCAGGCUGGGGUUAGGGAGGAGGAGGACCUCAUCGACUACAGUGAUGAUGAGAUGUAG